AUGCCAUCCCCGAUUACUGCAGGUCUCCACUGCCUAUUUUUACUGGUCACAGCAUGUUGCCAGACAUCACAGGACUCAAACUUGGAUCCAUUCUUCCAAUAUGUAAUUGACAGUGUACUAGGAAAGGAAAGCUUCCAGUCAGAGAUGCAAAGACAGAAGCGAAACAUACUUACUUUUGACUUUCCCCCUCCGGAGCACACUGUUGACAUUGAAGUAAGCCUUAUGGAUUCAUCUUUUCUGGAGCCAAUCAAAGAGUAUUUCAAAAACCUUAAUCUUCCUAUUUCAACAAAUAUUUCAAAUGUAGAAAUGACAGUUUCAAGCAUCAACAUUACAACAGUCUGUCUGCCCAGUGGUGAGAACAAUAGCUGUUGUUUUUGUGAAAAUGGAUACGCCUGGCCAAAUGCGGUGUGCAGUGACUUGAUAACCUGCCCUUCUGCCAGCCCAGCACCUGCCCUGCUCUGUGGCUACAUGAAGGAAAUGCCUUUCUACGGGCCUUACUGUGAGCCUCAGACUGAAGACUUAUGUGCUAUCGGAGAGCCCAUUGUAAUGAAUAUGUCAGUCAGACUCGACACAGACUUUUCGGAUGAUCUCAGGAAUUCUUCUUCUGAACAAUACAAAAAAUACAAAGCUGACAUUGAAAAAGCGUUUAAUGAUAGCUACAAGUGUUUACCAGGCUUUGUAUCGGGAACAGUAACUGGUUUCAGGCCUGGAAGUGUUUUUGUGAACUAUGAAGUAAAAGCAGGAGCAGCAAGCUUCGAUCAGAUAGCAAGUGCCAACAAAAUGGUACCACAAUUUCUACCUGCAGUGUACCAGCUAAACCCAACUACCUUCACAACAGAAAUAACUAAUCAGACAAACUUCACUGUGAGUCCUGUAGACAUUUCUGAAGGGGAUACAGUAAAACUGACUUGUGAGAUAAAUUCAACAUCUGACAAUGUGACCUGGUAUCACUUCGAUCAGAUCAUCUCAACCAGCUUCCGGUAUUCAAUAGAGAGAAAAAUUACAAGAACCAUUUCAAGGACGAUUUCGACUCUUAAAAUUAUCAACAUUACAAAGGAGGAUUAUGGUACCUAUAGUUGCAUUUUCACAAAGAGCGAUUCGUCUCACAGACUGAUAUACAAGGCCACAAAACCAGUAAAAGUCUUUCCGUUACACAUCACUGCGAACUUAAACGACACCGAUGUUACAUGCAACAGUCCUGAAAUGCAGACAAACAGUCCUCUGCUGUCCUGUUGCAUUGACAGACACUUACCAUCACUUACUGGUGACUGGAAGGUAAAUGGAGCAAUCAAUAUUACAGGAGUCUCCAGUUUCAGUGCAAACUGCACUGAAUACAAGCUCAACAUCAAUGAAUCGCUAUGCCCACCUGAGAAGUCAGGUACAGUGACAACAUAUACAUGUGAGCUACAGACUGGACACGGUGCCAGGCGCAGUCAAAACAUCAGAGUGACGUACCUCCGGACAGCCCAUGUAACAAUAUCUUCAAGCACAAACUCAUCAGUUUCCGAGGGAUAUGCAUUCAAUCUAACAUGUGAAAGUGAUGUGAGCAAUUAUGACAGUAUCAGUUGGAAAAUCCAGUCUGGAAAUAGCACAAGAAGAGUAGACUGUGAUACAUGCAUCAAAAAUAGCAGAUUUCCAGCCACGUCUGUGCUCACAGUGAAGACUGCCACACAGGACUGGAGCGGCACCUUCAUCUGCACAUUCUCCCAGAAGCAUCUGGAAAGUUCUGCCAACAUGACAAUCGAGGUUAUUUCCUUGCCUCUGAAGCAGAACAUCCUGAUAAACCCUAUUGCAGCAUCUAUACUAUGCAAAGUGCAACAAGCCCUUGAGUGCUGCAUAAAUGCUAGCACCAUGGAAGAUUACAAGGUCACAUUCAUGGUUCCAGGAAAUGCAGUUCAAGUUGGGAAAAAGAAAACAGGAAAUUUGUUUUGCUACAUGUACAAUUACACAGAAACAGAAUGCAACACAAAGAAAGAGAUCACAGUAUAUUGCAAGUUUAUUAACCGCAUUGGACAGGAAGUCAACAGUGAAAGAAUAAGACUGAACUUGAUACCUGAUAAGGACGUUUCCUGCUCAGACAGCAUUGGCAUUGGAAGAGAAGAGGACAUAUUAGUAAAACGAUGCCAGGAAUUAAAUAAUCCAGAUUAUUUUACCCGAGGCAAUAAAACUUACAAGUGCUCCAACAAAUCAUGGAAGGUUGAAAGGAAUGACUGCCUGUCUGUACCAAUAAGCAACCUCCUGACUAAUGCCGAGUCCUUGGUCAACAGUCCUGACGCAAAAGCAACCCUACCUAACUACCUUGCAGAGCUUAAGGAAAAGACAGAAAAGGAGCAAAACACAAUAAACAGUUCUCCUGCAAACCUAGGUGCAAUCAUUACCAUCCUGGGUAUGAUCUCCUCUAUCCCAGCAGAUGCAGAGAAGCUCACUGUUCAAAAUUUCCUCUCCACAGUGGACUUCAUUGUUGCUGAUUCCACAGCUAAAGCUUGGGAAGACCUGAAUAAAGACAAGAUAAUCAAAAGUUCUUCGUUACUGCAUUCGGUAGAAAAUUUUUCCCUGCGCCUCCAACCAGUUAAUAAUACCAUUCCUCUUGUCUUUGCAAACACCCUUCAGCUACAAGGUAUAGUUGUCACAGAAAAUAACAUGGAUUAUAAGAAAAACUUCAGCAGUACAGAAAACCUCACCGUUAAUGUGCUCAUUGGUGAAGCUGAAAUUCAUACUCUAACACAAAAUUCAACGAUCGUCAGUGUGAUGUACUCAAAACUUGGACAAAUUUUGCCCCAGAAUGAGUCUGCCUAUGUGAACGGCUUACUGAUAACAACAACUGUGAGCAGCAACAGAAGCGAGAAGUUCAAUAUUAAUAUGACCUUUGCAAAGAAAAACUUAUCUCUAAAGAUGCCCCAGUGUGUCUUUUGGAACUUCACACUCAACAUACAUGGGGGUGGCUGGGAUACUCGUGGUUGCAGACCCACAGAGGUAGAUGAACAUGUCAUUUGCUCCUGCAAUCACUUGACAUCAUUCUCCAUUCUGAUGUCACCUGAUAAAUCCUCCCAGGUAAUCUUAGAUUAUAUUACCUACAUUGGCCUGGCCAUUUCAAUCUUGAGUUUGGUGGUCUGCAUUAUAAUUGAAUCCUUAGUCUGGAAAUACGUGACAAACAACACAACCUCCUAUAUGCGCCAUGUCUGUAUACUCAACAUAGCUACAUCGCUCCUGAUUGCUGACAUUUGGUUCAUUGUCACUGCCUCCAUCAAUGACCAAAACCAACAGAUAAGCAGAGGUAUCUGUUUUGUCGCCACCUUCUUCAUCCAUUUAUUCUACCUGUGUGUCUUUUUCUGGAUGCUCAGCCUGGGCCUCAUUCUUUUCUACAGACUGGUGUUCAUCUUACAUAACACAAGCAAGACCGCUCAGAAAGCAGUGGCAUUCUGUCUGGGAUAUGGGUGCCCCUUUGUCAUUGCAGUCAUCACCAUUGCUGUCACACUGCCAAGGAACAAUUACACCAGAAAGGAUGUCUGCUGGCUCAACUGGAAGGACAGCAAAGCUCUCUUGGCAUUCGUCAUACCUGCCCUGAUAAUUGUGGCCAUGAAUUUAUUCAUCACUGCAAUUGUUAUAAUAAAAAUACUGAGGCCAACUAUUGGGGAUAGGUCAAACAGGCAGGAAAGGAACUCUUUGUUUCAAAUUGGCAAAAGUGUGGCCAUCUUGACACCACUGUUAGGCCUCACCUGGGGAUUUGGCCUUGCCACCAUCAUCAAAAACAGCCAUCGAGCUUUCCACAUCCUAUUUGCUCUGCUCAAUACUUUGCAGGGAUUAUUCAUUUUGGUGUUUGGGACUCUCUGGGACAAGAGGAUACAAGAAGCCCUGCUGAAGAGGAAUUCAAUGUCCAAAUGGAGUUCGCAGCAAACAAAGUCCACCUCCCUGAUCCUGGUGACGCCAAUGCUUGCAAUGAGCUAUCCAUUUUCAAGAACCUUUAACAACUUAUGUGGGAAAACAGGAAAAUACAGAGUAUCUUCUUCAGAGCCAUCCAGCUCUUCCUCUGAAAACAUUUCCAAAUCAUAUUCUUUGCUUAACUGA